AAUUUAAAAAGCCAAACCUGUGUUCUGUGAGCCAAAUUUUGAUCAUAGAUAAUAUGUCUAUGAUGUUAUUAUAAAAUAUUUAUCAAUUAACUUCAUUAUUGAGAAUAAUUAUCUAAAAUGUCCUCAACUGCGUCAAAGAAAAUUUUUUCCCUUCUUUUUUCGUCACAGCUUUCCAACAGUAUCCGUUUAAUGAGUGGCUUCAGCGGCCACAAACUUGUUUACAGCGAAUUUGGGGAACCAAUAAAAGUAAUACAUAAGGAAGAAUGCAUUACCGAGGCCCCAAAAAACAACGAUGUUGUCGUUAAAAUGAUAGCGGCCCCCAUAAAUCCAGCAGAUAUCAAUACGAUUCAAGGUAAAUACCCAGUUAAGCCAAAGUUCCCAGCAGUCGCUGGUAACGAAGGGGUUGGGGAAAUAGUAUCCAUAGGUCCUAAUGUUACCGAACUAAAAGUGGGUGAUCGUGUUAUACCCCUCCAGAGUGGAUUAGGAACGUGGAGAACCCACAUGAGCCUCUCUAAAGAGGAUGUUCUGAAAAUACCAAAGGAAUUAGGUAUAAUAGAAGCAGCUACCCUAACUGUGAAUCCAUGUACUGCAUACCGAAUGCUGAAAGAUUUUGAGAGUCUUAAACCUGGAGACACUAUAAUUCAAAAUGGGGCAAAUUCAGCUUGUGGACAAAAUGUCAUUCAGAUUUGUAGGGCUUGGGGUGUUAGAACAGUUAAUAUCGUGAGAAAUAGACAAAAUUUAACGGAACUAUCAGACUAUUUGAAGAAUCUGGGGGCAACACAUGUUUUGACAGAGGAAGAGCUUAGAACUACCAGUAUUUUCAAAAAAAGUGGUGACCUGAGUAAACCAAAAUUAGCUUUGAAUUGUGUGGGAGGGCAGAAUGCUUUAGAAAUGCUGAGACACUUGGACAACAAUGGCUCUAUGGUAACUUACGGUGGAAUGUCUAGAGAGCCUGUAAUUAUACCAACUUCAGCCUUGAUUUUCAAGAACCUUAAGAUCAAAGGUUUUUGGAUGACAAGGUGGUCCAAAGAUAAUGCUUCUAGCAUAGACAGAUUUGAAAUGUUUGAAGAACUCAUUUCAAUGAUGACUAAUAAUGAACUUCGAGGACCUUCUCACAAAAUGGUCGAUUUUGACAAUUUCAAAGAAGCUAUCAUGAAUACAAUGACAGUAAAGGGUAUGAUAGGCAAAAAAUAUAUCUUGAGUUUUAGUAAUUGAAGAAAUGGAUUGUAGCUCCUUGAUAUGUGAUAAGUAUAAAUUAGUUCAGUUGUUAAUCUUUCUUCUUCUUCCCCUUCUUCAUUUUUGGUUACUUGCAGCUGCACCCCAAAUCCUUCUUUAUGGUUUUUGUUAUCCACGAUCCUUUACUAUUGUUAAAAAGAAUUAUGUUCUAUAUUUUUAUACACACAAUAAAGUGAUGACGUUUUA